CUCCAGUAUCUGCAGUGUAUACAUCGCGUAACUAGUUAAGCGUGCAUAGCUGAUAUGGCGGGCAAGUUGGCUUCAGCCCUCUGCGCGUCGCUUCUGAAUGGUGUUCGCCAAGGGAGACCUUCAAUAUGCGCACAACCUCGAUCAUUGCGAACUGUAUUAGAAUCCAACACAAGCACGUUUGGCGCACAAGGAUGCGACACCCUUGUUCGCGCAUCAGCUCUCGCUGAAUCAUGCACGCUAUCUCCAUGGAGGAGUAUCUUGACAUGCAGCAGCCCUUGCAGCACAAGCGGGCGAGAGCUGGGCUUCGGUGCGGCCGGGCUUCUGUCCGCCAGCGGCCGGACUGGGUAUCGCCCCUGCACCGCCCUGCACCCGGACCGCUUCCGGCACUCCCCGCUUUUAGCGCAGUCGGGCGCGGCGUGGAUGCGCGUCUGGAGUGAAGUGCAGGCGGCGCACAUGGCGACUGUGGGGCAGCUGCUGGGCGGCGCGCGCAAGGUGGCCAAGACGCGCAAGUGCCGCAUCCGGCAGCUGGAUGGCAGCCCGUUCAAGAAGGGCAUCUGCCUGCGCGUGUACACCACCAGCCCCAAGAAGCCCAACUCCGCCAACCGCAAGCUGGCCAAGGUGCAGCUGAGCAACGGACUCAAGGCCCUGGCCUACAUCCCAGGCGAGGGCCACAACUUGCAGGAGCACAGCAUGGUGCUGGUGUCGGGCAACGGCGUGCGCGACCUGCCCGGGGUCAAGCUGCGCAUCGUGCGCGGCCGCUACGACUGCGCGGGCGUCAAGGACCGCAAGAAGAGCAGUAUAUGCACAGCGGCCCGUUGGUGUGCGCCAGUUCAGCGCCUGCGCAUCCUCCUUCUCCAUUCCUUUCCUAUGUAAACGACCCUAUGCGUGCCCGUGCUCA